CCGUCGGUAGAGGUACUUGCCUACGCGUCAGUGACAAUCCUGCAUAUGUACAGUGACAGUGCACUCUGAACUUGAUACUGUUUCGUCGCACGCACACGCACCCGUUGACCCGUUGUUGGUUUAUGAUUUGAUUUUAUUUUUUUGCGUUUCGACACGCGGGCCAGUAUGGAAGUGACAGUGACGUUCGUGAUGUUCAUCCUGGCCGCCUUCGGCGGCGGUGUCCUCUGCGACGACAUCACCACCAGGGCCAAAAACAGAGGGAAAGGAUCCAUGUGGUGGGGCGUAGCGAAAGCGGGGGAGCCCAACAACCUGUCGCCGCUGUCGCCGGGCAUGCUGUACAUGGACUCGUCGGUGCACGCCACCCUCAGGAAGAAGCAGCGGCGGCUGGCCCGCGACAACCCGGGCCUCAUCGACGCCAUCGCCAAGGGCGCCAACCAAGCCAUACAGGAGUGCCAGUACCAGUUCAGGAACCAGCGCUGGAACUGCACCACCAGGAACUUCCUCAGGGGGAAGAAUCUGUUCGGCAAGAUCGUCGAUCGAGGUUGCAGGGAGACGGCAUUCAUCUACGCGAUAACCAGCGCGGCCGUGACGCACGCUAUAGCGCGGGCCUGCAGCGAGGGCACCAUCGAAACGUGCAACUGCGAGUCGCACUACAAGGGCCGGCCCCAGGUGAUGGGCACCAAAGCCGUGGGGGCCGUGCGGGACUUCGAAUGGGGCGGCUGCUCCGACAACAUCGGCUUCGGCUUCGCCAUCAGCCGCGAGUUCGUGGACACCGGCGAAAGGGGCAAGUCGCUGAGGGAGAAGAUGAAUCUGCACAACAACGAGGCGGGGAGAUGGCACGUCCAAAGCCAGAUGAGGAAGGAAUGCAAGUGUCACGGCAUGUCCGGCUCGUGCACCGUCAAAACAUGCUGGAUGCGUCUGCCACCGUUCCGUGCGAUCGGCGAUCUAUUGAAGGAUAGAUACGACGGCGCAUCGCACGUCGCCUCAUCGAACGCCGGCCUCCACCACAACAACAACAAGGCGCACUCCAACCGGCCGCCCAAGAACAGCAAGCUGAACAGCAUCCUCACCAACAGCAUACACGCCAAGCGGGAGAACAGGCGCAAGCACAAGUACGGCUUCCAGCUCAAACCCCUGAACCCUGAACACAAACCCCCCGGUCCCAAGGACUUGGUGUACUACGAGAUGUCCCCGGGCUUCUGCGAGAAGAACCCCAAGCUGGGAAUCCCCGGCACCUACGGCCGACAGUGCAACGAAACCUCUCUGGGUGUCGAUGGUUGUGCCAUCAUGUGCUGCGGCAGAGGGUCCAUACCGCAGGAGGUCGUGGUGGUCGAAAGAUGUAAUUGUACGUUCCACUGGUGCUGUGAGGUGAAGUGCGAGGUCUGCAGGACCAAGAAAAUCAUACACACGUGUGCGUGAAUCACCCAUUAGUAUUUUCAAAUUAAUUAAUCAACAUUUGAAGGUGGCGCUUUCGUCGUCCCCUCGAAGAGGCGCCACUUUCAAACAGACUAAUCAGUAUUAUAGAGACGUUGUGAAAUUUAUGCAAAGACUGAUUUUCGAUUUUAUCACUAUUAUUUAAUUAAUUCGAGUCAUUGUAUAUAGUUAUUUAUGUGUCGAUAUUAGUUACUUAACUCAUUUAUUUAAUUAAUCUAAUUUAUUCGCUGUACAUAAAAAUCAAACGCAAAAAUCAGCAGGUAGUGCAUCUCAAAUCGUGUAUAUGUACCUAAUUUAUUAUUAUUAUUAUUAUUUUCACGUUCUAUUUAUUUGUUCAUUAAGUUGUUGUACAUUUGACCCUUCUGUAAAUAUUACGCCCCCCUUCCCCCCUUAGUUUUAUUACGUGUAGAUAACACACUUGUAUUUCAAACCUAUUUAUGAUUAUAAACGUACUUGUAUAUUAUUUAUAUUGCGAUUUAUUGUAAAGUUAUUAUUAAAAAGUCAA